CCAGGGAUCAGACCUGGAACCAUGAAGUCACUGCGAUUCCUUGCUGCUGAGGGAUUCAUCCAGAGUGGUCCAAAUGCUCUGGAGAACCUCAGCUGCGUGUCUUUCAACCUCUACCCACUUCUCCUCAAGGCCUGCUACCUCCAUGAGCAGGCUGACGUGCUGCAUGCUUUGGUCCAGACGUGGCCUCUUCCUGUGCUCGACUUGAAGAGGCUCCUGGGAGCGACAGUCGACUGUCAGACAGACCUCACCUCCUGCACCUGCCGGCUCUGUCUGCAGGCCAUUAUAACCGGCUUAAAGGAUUAUGUGCUGUCUCCACCAAGAACCUACGCCAAGAGCCUGCAUACAGUGGACCUGACUGGCCUGAGGGACAUCGAGCAAAAGUCCUGCCCCUGCCAGUCCACCCUGGGUCGAUGGGCAAGAACCCAGCUCCUGACCCAAAUGUGCUAUGAAACCAUGGUGGCCAUGCAAGCCAGCGACGUGUCCAGAUCCGCCUUCGACACAUCUAUUGAUAUCCGUCUGAACGGCUUUGUCACAGGCCGCAACUAUGAGCUGGUGGCUCAGGCCUUCCUGCUCCUCCGCUACUGUCCUCUGAAGCUGCAUUUUGUUGGUUUUCGGGGUGAUUCUCUCACGCUAAAGCAGCUGUUUUAUGUUCUUCGCCUAGCAGAGCCUGAGUGCAUGUCAAAACUGGAGAUAGUACACAAUGUUCCCCUGGAGGCCCCGCACUUGGAGGUGCUUCUGUCGAAAGUGGAAUUCCCAAAAUUGCAGUCUUUGACGCUGCCGGCUGGGGCGUUGAAUGUUAGGAGGUUGAGCUCUGAUGAUGAGGACCUCAUGUCCGUCAUCGGGAAUCUGAUGGCACAACUGAGCAGCCUGACUGAGCUUUAUGUUGGUUUCUCCACUCUAACUGGACACCUACGCAGACUGCUUAAUCCUCUCAACACUCCGCUGCAGUGCUUGGAGUUGGCCAAUUGCUGCCUGAACCGCGUGGACAUGACGUACCUGUCCAACAGCCUCCACAGUGAGUUCUUGGUCCGUCUGGACAUCAGCGGGCACGACAUCUUCAGCACUUUCUCCACCUGCUUCCACAAACUACUCAGCCGUUGCUCGGCCACGUUGGCCAGCCUGGUGGUUGAAGAAUGUAACAUCGAGGACGAGCACAUGGACGCCUUCACUAACGCUCUGACGGGCUGUCAGAUGCUGGAGGAGCUCAAAUUCCUUGGAAACCCUCUGACGUCUGCAGCCCUGCGGAGGUUAUUCUCCAUGCUGUCUGCGGGCUUUCCUAAGUUAAAAUACAUCGAGGUGCCGGUUCCCCGUGAGUGCUACUCUGAGGAUGUCACUUAUCCUCUCAGUGAUUCAGACCUGCUGCUGUACAACAAGGAGCUGUUUCAGGAGGUCAGGGGUCAGCUCAAAGGGAUUUUGGAAAGAGCUGGAAGAGGGAGUGUGGAGGUGCACACCCCACUAAUGGGAGCCUAUGAUCCAGACAUUAAUGAAACCAGCAACGAGCUGGGAGUGUGCAUGUUGAAGUCCUUUAACGUCGUCGUUGGGAACUUCAUAGACUGCAUCACUGAUGUGGACAGCAAGAGAUCACAGGCUCGGAAAGAUAAUUAAUUAGUUUGCCUGUAAAUGGAACGAGUAAAUGUACUGAAAGGGUCAUGAACUGAGACUGUUUUUGGAAAUCUACAGAUGGGGAGAAAAUACAACAAAGUAUGUUAGGAUGUAGUCAGGCCACCAUGACAGAUGAACACCAUUCCUCCACAAGAUAUUCUCUCAUUUAUAUAUACAACCUUGAUGUUAUCAGGUAAUCUUAUUAAGAUUGAGAGACCUGAGUACAGUAGAUAGAAAGAAUAACAAACAGAAAAGAAAAUAUAGCAUUGAAGUCAAUCACUAACAUAGAUUUGAUGAACAUUUACAAAAUUUAUUCUUACAGAGAUUGUGGUGAAGUGUGUUGUCCAGGGUUCCUACACCUUUUCCAAACUCAAAUUCAAGAACUUUUCAAGCUUUUCCAGCACCUUAUUGCCGUGGUAAAUUAAACUUGUAUAUACAGUAUACUGAUCAUUUAACUUCAUCACAUCAAAUUAGAUUUAAGCUAUAAACAACCAAAAUUGUUUUUUCAUGAAGGGAUUCUAUGGAAGGGGGACGAUUGAAAAUUCAAAAUGCACCACCUGUUUCUAUGUAGACUUUGCAUACAAUGUAACUUAAAUUUAAAGCACUUUAUUUAAAAUGCAAGCACUUUUUAACAGGAUUCCCAGCAUCAGUAGGAACCGUUUGUUUUAACGUUAGUUCAAAAUCUUCCACAGGUGUGAAACCGGGUUGAGAUCUGGUGACUUAAACACUUCAUUCAUGUCUUCUUUAUACUCAAACUAUUCAUUGAGCCAGUGUACAGAAGCAUCUGCAUUUGUUGUUUGAUUUGGGUUUUCCUUUAAUUUGACCCCCCAUCUGUAGAUAUUCAUGUGAAGCAGACUAGAAUCUUCAACUCUUGCAGAAAUGUUCAUGUUUUGUUGACAAUGAGUGACCCCUGCAGACAUUUGUCUCUCCAAGUCUCUGUUCUUAAGGUAAACAAGCUACAUUUAUUUAUGUAGGGAUAGUUGGAUAGCUAGAAAACUGUCACUACUGUUCCUAUGCAUGACUGAAGGCAAACACUAAAAAUAGAUCAAGUAAACUAUAUUUGACUGUCAAUUAACAUCAUAUACAUGACUUCCAUUCCUGACGAGAUAUUGUCUCAGAGGGUCAGUUUUCUUCUCAGUGCUUCCUUCAGUCUGUAAGCCAAACAGAUGUGCAGCGCAGACAGAUGUAGCUUCUGUUGUGUUUAUGGUAGAUACUUGAAGUUUCAUAUUUUCUCACCUGUAUCUAUUGUACAUGUUCUUAUGUGUAUAUUCUGGUUUAAAUAUUGUAUGUUACUGGAUUUGUAAAUGUAAACUGCACAAAUUUGCAUAUCCGAAUUCAGCAAGUAUACCUGUAACCGUUUCAUUUUGUCA